CCUGCGAUCCGACUGGCUGGAGGGGAAAGUUAUUCUUUUCAGGUGCACGCCUGUAUAAAAACCUCUGGAGCAUGCAUCCAUCCACAGGAAACUUCCCAUGCCCUCUGUCACAUCAGCUCUUUUGCCAUGAUCUCUGCACAGCAGCCACGAUUCCCCAACAAAAUUCAAAGAACAAUGGACUGCCAAUCUGAGGAAGAAGAAACCUGUGGAGAGCAGUAUGACUCUGAAAACUGCACUUGCAGCUCCGAGCAUGCAGAAUCUGAUGCAGGCUCACCAGUAACUCUUAAAAUACUGCAGAACUGGGUUCCUAGAGUUUCACACUACUUUGAUAAGGAGCACUAUACGUAUGUCGGCCACCAGAUUGUCAUUCAGGAGUCCAUAGAACACUUUGGAGCUGUGGUAUGGCCAGGGGCACUGGCUUUAUCUCAAUAUCUGGAAUCAAAUCAAGAACAAUUCAACCUCAAAGACAAGAAGGUUUUGGAAAUUGGUGCUGGAACAGGCUUGCUUUCCAUUGUGGCCUGUAUCUUAGGAGCUCGUGUUACAGCUACUGAUUUGCCUGAAGUUCUUGAAAAUCUCUCAUACAAUAUUUCAAGAAAUACACAGAACUUGAAUAUGCACAAACCUGAAGUGAGAAAACUAGUAUGGGGAGAAGGCCUCAAUGAAGACUUUCCUAUAUCAACUUACCAUUAUGAUUUCAUACUGGCAACUGAUGUUGUAUACCAUCAUGGAGCUCUGGACCCCCUGCUAGCAACAAUGGUGCACUUUUGUAAGCCAGGAACAGUUUUACUAUGGGCAAAUAAAUUCAGAUUCAGUACAGACUAUGAAUUUUUGGAAAAAGUUUGCAAUAUAUUUAACACAACCAUUCUAGCAGAAUUUCCAGAAUCAAAUGUCAAGCUGCUUAAAGCCACAGUAAGAAAGAAUUAA